CUAUGCAAUAGUUGAGCAAUCAUUUCCCCCCUCUUCUCCAGCGUGGCACAGAGCUAGGGUUUCUCCCACCCGCCGCCUCCGGCGACUGCACCCGCCGUCGUCCACGGCCGAUCGCUCCAGCUCCCGCUGCGCGCGCUCCCGCCGCAGGCCGCUCCAGCUCUUGCACGCAUUCCCGGCCGCCGUCGCGCCUGCACGCCGCUCCUCUGCGGCCGCUCCAGCUUGCCCGCGCGUGCUCCCCUCGACUGCUCUAGCUUCUGCACGCGUGCCCGGCCGCCGCCGCGCCUGCACGCCGUCGGUCACCAAUCGUCACCUACUACGACCCGUCCUUCAAGCGGCAGCUUCAUCCGCGACGUCCGUGUCGCCGUCUUGCGCCACGACCUCACUCGAGCGCUCUGCCUACUCCCGAAGCCCUCCUCCGCGGCGCCCGCCCCAGCAGUUCCUCCUCCGCAGCGCCCGCCCCAUCAGUUCCUCCUCCGCGGUGCCCGUCGACCCGCCGAGCACCAGCAGCAGCGUCGCCGGUGGUGGAGCUCCACCGCCUUUGCCGCGCUCCAUCUCUUCAGGAAGUGCCCUGCUCCACCGCCCACCUGUACGGCCGCCUGACCCAGCUAUUCGGCUGCCUCGCCGGCCUGAAAUUUGUGUAUAUUCUACCUGUAUAGGAGGGUUCAUCUUCUGAUUCAAGUUUUUUGCGCGAAGCCAUGUCUUGCCUAGAUGCUUUUGUUGUACCUAAGGGUACAACUCCUUCACCAUGCUCGCUUGCUGGUGCAUAAUUUACUCGUUUAUUUUUAGCUAACUCUCUUCAUGGUAAAAAAAUAUUGCCUAGUUGAUGCUAGUUACAUUAAUGGUCCUGGUUUUGUAGCUCCACAUCGAUCGUCAUCACUUGAAAGAGUGGGCUGCAAAUCAAUAAUAGCACAAAACCCCAAAAUAAUUGUUUAACUUACUACAUGCUCGGGCUAGAAAUAUGGUAGAGACUAGAGAGCACCUUUCCCUAUGGGACGAUGGGUACGGAACAGCGAUGUUCCCAUCCUUCUCCACCUACGACGUAAACGAGGAUCAUCUGAACUGUUUCAACUAUUGUGAGCAGUUCUUCCGUAGGCAGCGCUCAGUCGCCGGCACCUGUUCUGGUUGCUGGGGCACCUCCCGCGCCGCCCCCUAGGACAACUUCUCUUUUGGCCCUCGAGGCAACUCUUCAGACCCCUGGGGCACCUCGUGCUCCUUGAGGCACCUCCGUGUGCCGGCCCCCAAACAUUUGUUCUGCCGCUAUGGAGCACCUCUUGUGUCGACCCCUAGGGCAACUCUUCUAGCCCCCGGGGCACUUGUUUCGCCCCUCGAGGCACCUCAUGCCUCGGUCCCUGGGACACCUCCUGUGUUGCCCCCUAGGCCAUCUCUUCCUACCUAUGGGGCAACUCUUUAGACCCUCGAGGCACGUAUUCCGCCCCAGGGCACCUGUGCUUUGGGAACUUCCCAUUGGGGUCUCUUGUAGGCGUGCACUGCAUAGCGCCACCGUCACUGACCGUCUCCACUGGUCAUCGUUGCGACCACUCUUAGGUCUCGACACCUGCUAAACUACACCAUGGUAUCUAGGUGGUUGUGCACAUGCAACUCCAUCGUUUGGAUGGUGCCCGUCUAAGAUCCACGUCUCCAUUGGAACAUCGACAUCUGCAUCCAUGGCCACCAACACAGCUCGGGAAAAUUGCUUUUUUAGGUCACACUGCUGCUCACCAAAAUACCCCGGCAUUCGUUGCACUCGUUAGAAUUAAUAUAUAUGCUCUUGUGCUAGGAUAGUAUAGAUGAGCCUUUAGACUUCUAGAUAGUCCGCUGUUGCUGACAAGCUAGCUAGCAGCAGUAGUCGGCCACCAAUAGUUGCCAGGCACUGUAGCAACCGGACAGCUCUAGCAAAGGUGGUUACUGUAGCUAGUCAGAUAGUAGGUCUUGUUAGUAUGAAUAAUAUAGUUUGUGUAAUACACUGGCUGCUCACUAUUUAUUUUUUGCUGAUUUUUCUCUCAUAUUUACUUGGAUUUUUUAUACCUUUCUUAUUUCCAUGAUUCUUUUUAGUUUCGUUAGUUUUUUAUUUAGCGCAGCAGCUCUUUCUUUGUAUGGAUUGUUUCAUUAGUUGUCAACUUACAAAGCACUCUGCUUGUUUGGUUAUGAGCAGAACAGAAAACGUGGGGGGUGGGAAUGGUUUCUCGAUGGUAACCACAGUUUGGCCAAUGGUUUGGUACAUUUCAGGUUCCAGCUGAAGUAACAUUAAAAUCCGGUGCGACUUGUUUUCUGUACAUGGUGACUGGGUUGGGGUGGGUUGUUUUUUUGUUGUUGAAUGUUAGUAUAGAUUGGCAUGGUUACGGUUUGGAUUUCAGUCCACUAGCGGGGCUAGACGCAAUCCUAAGUCCCCUUCCAGUCCAGUCCACCACAGCACACCGUAGCCAUUGCCUUCCUCACCUUAUGCCUUACAUCUGCUGGUGCAGGAGUGCAAAUCCGUCAGCAUUGGACUGUUUUACUCAUCUAUAGGAUCUGAUUUUGGGUGGGCGCAGUUGCGGAGAUGCAGAGGCUGGGGGAUUUCAGGCUCCCUCCCUUCUUCAACUACCCGCCUUACUUCACUUUACAGCCUGUGCGUGAGACGCGGGAAAAGCAAGUGCAGUUAUGGAAGGAUCUGAUACUUGAUUACUGUAGAAGUCAAAAGAUACAUACAAUAUCUCUAGAAGAAGAUUUCCCCUUGUUCUCCAAUGCAAAGAUUGAGAGAUCUCUUAGCUACGAAGCAAAGGAAGUGUUCCUCGCAGCUCUCGUCAGUGAAGGUCGUGCAGAAUGGAUGGACAAAGGUCACAAGAAGUGCCUAAUUCUUUGGCUAAGGAUACAGGAUUGGGCAAAUUUCAUAUUGAACUUUGUAAAGGAUAACGGGUUGGAAGUAAUGACUAUCGAAGAAAUACGCUCUGGAAUUGAUACACGUGGAACUGAACUCGAGGGAAUUGAUCGUGGUGUUCUCAUGCGGGCUCUGCGGCAGUUGGAGCAAAAGGGAAAGGCAGCUAUCUUCAAAGGCACCUCUGCUGAUGACGAAGGCGUAAAGUUUUCGGUGUAAUUCUUUUGCGAUCCUUAAACUGGCAGACUAAUAAUCUCGUUCAGCCGGUGCCCUUGAACAUGGCAUGAGACACCCAUAGCCUCGAUCAUUCAGUGCCCUUUGAAAAUGGCAUGACACAUCCUUGUAAAAAGCAGUAGGGCUGAUCACAUUCUUCCCGAGUAGUAUCCUCUUCAGUGCUGCGGUAAAAUUUCCCAACUCAUCUUUUGUUGUAGUGAAAAAUCGGCCAAGCCUGAUUAAACAUUGUGGAGUGGUUGGUAAGAAGAAGUUGAACUGGUCAUGCCUCUUACGCUGAUUGAUUUUCCGAUA